AUGAGCGGGGUAAGACAGGGUCGCAUCCCGUCACUCUUACUUUUUAUUCCAGUCAUUGAUUUUGUGGUGAGGAGAACUGUCAUCGGGCCAAACCACGGCAUCGAGUGGGGGGGGGGGGGGGGGGGGGCAGACUGGCAGAUCUAGACUUUACAGACGAUUUGGCGCUCAUUAGCCACACCCACGUCACACUCUGAGCGAGUGUAUGAGCGAGGAGCAAAAGUCGGUCUACGUAUAAGCCAAGAAAAGACCAGGGCCACGACCGUCGCACAACACCAACACCUUCCACCACUCACCGUAGGCGAACAAGACGUAGAGUCGAGAACUUCACAUACCUCGGAAACAACAUCUCAAAUACUGGAGACGUGGAGAAAGACGUACAGACCAGAACUGGCAAAGAACAUCUGGUCGUCAAAAUCCAUCAUCACGACCACAAAGCUACGCCUCUAUAUGUCAGCGGUCAUCCCUACAGCAACCUACGCCUGAGAGACGUGGACAAAGACAGCCAGCAUCACCAACAAGUUGGAUGUCUUCCAUCGACGGUGCCUCAGAUCCAUCCUGAAGAUCUCAUGGAGAGACCACCAAGAGAAAGACCGCCAAGUGUGGUGAUAGAGGGAGGACAAAGAAGACAUGUAGACAAACAGCCGAGGAAGACCUGA